UUCCUGGUUCCUCCCUCCCUCCCCCCGCCCGCUCGGAGCGCGUCUCUGCUGCAACUUCCUCAACCCCGGAACCCAGAUAAUCCUCGCGUUUGCUGUGAUAGCUUACAAUUACUUUAUAAAAUUUGAUACUAUCUGAGACAGCAAUGUCAAAACCACCACCUAAACCAGCCAAGCCAGGCCAGGUGAAAGUUUACAGAGCUCUGUUUGCAUUUGAGCCCAGAACACCAGAUGAAUUAUAUUUUGAUGAAGGGGACAUACUUUAUAUUUCAGAUAAUAGUGAUCCCAAUUGGUGGAAAGGCACAUGCAGAGGUCGAACAGGAUUAAUUCCAAGUAACUAUGUUGCUGAACACGUAGAAUCGAUUGACAAUCCGUUACAUGAAGCUGCCAAACGCGGGAAUGAAAGCUGGUUAAAGGAAUGUUUAGAAAACAGAGUGGCAGUGAAUUCUUUGGACAAAGCUGGAAACACAGCUCUUUAUUGGGGUUGUCAUGGAGGACACCUGGGAAUAGUAAAGCUUCUGCUUUCCCAACCAAAUAUCGAAUUAAAUCAACAGAAUAAACUGGGAGAUACGGUUGUGCACGGUGCUGCAUGGAAGGGAUAUGAAGAUAUCCUAGAGUUAUUACUUUUGAAAGGUGCCCGAAUAGAUCUGAAAAACAAUGAGAAAAAAGUGCCGCUUGAUAUGGCUACCAAUCCACAAUGUUCUUCUCUUCUUAAGAAGAAAUCUGGGCAAGGUAUCAUAAUGGCUGCAGGUAAUGCAGAGGAAUAUCUUGACGAUGAGGACUCUGAUUAGAACACAUCCAAAGUUGGAGCGUCAAACGUAUCAAUAUUCCAUUGGUUUGUAUGUUGAGUAUGUUUUGCUUGCAGUUUUAUGAUAACAAUGGGGGGCCAAAGUUCAUGAACUUCAGGACAGAACUACAUGAUUAUCAUGGAAUGGUCAUACUUUUGUGUUGAUCAUCAGAUUUCGAUUUAGGCAACCAUUCUGAUUUCUUCUCAACGCUCACUACCCCUACCCCUACACCCCCAACCGAAUAAAAAUUAGUUUGUAUUGCAAGUUUUUUUAAUUGGAAGAAUUGGAUUGAGAGCAAUUGAAUUCAUUUUAAACAUAUAACAUAUGGAUUUAAAGCAAACUUUUGUAACAAAAUUGACAUACUCAAUUCAUUUUAUUGUCGAAUGCUUUUUAAAAUAAUAUAUGCAACCUGACAAUCAAAUAAAUGUGUUUAAAAAUCAGUUACUGUACUUUUUUCUCUGCAAAUUUCCAUGCAGGCUAAUGUACAUAUUUAAUGCAUUAUGCUAUAAAAUGUUUGUCUAAUCAACACAAGGCACAAACCAUAAGUUAUUUUCUCCUACAUAACCGUAAUGCUCUAACCUUAGCUGCAAAAAACUUGGAUAUGACUAUUCGUUGUAAAAUAACAAAAGCAGUUUAAUGGAUAAUUUAAAGUAUCUUGGGAUAACAUUGGAAUUAAAUUUUCAUACGCAACCUA